UGUUAUACGGAUUACUGGUCUAAUUGUACGAAGUAACAUCUGGGUUUUGGAGGGUUUUACAGGGUAACCAUUCUCUGUCCUACAAUCUCCAGCCGCUGUGACCACCACAGUUCCGACGCUUUUACCAAUUCCCGACGCCUUCCCAAACCCCAACAUUACUGGGUAAGAGAUGGCUCCCUCUGAUGAAGGAAUUACGAAACUCCACAAAGUUCGGAAAACUGUAAUGCAAAUGUUGAAUGAUCGAGGCUAUUUAGUGACUGAUGAUGAGAUUAACAUGACUAAACAACAGUUCAUUGAACAUUAUGGUGACAAUAUGAGCAGAGAUGACCUUUUCUUGUUUAAGAAUAAGCGAAAUGACACCUCUGAUCAGAUAAUGGUUUUCUUUGUGAUUCCGGAGACAUCAAAGCAAGCCAUAGGUAUAGGCCCACUCAGGAAAUGCUUUGAGAGGAUGGAAGCUGAGAAAGUAUACAGGGCAAUUUUGGUGGUUGAGCAACGUUUGACACCUUCAGCAAAGAAGGUCUGUGAAAUAACAAAUAUAAGAAUGGAGGUCUUUCAGGAUUCUGAACUGCUGUAUAAUGUUACCGAGCACGAUCUUGUUCCUGAACAUCAGGUGCUUACAGAUGGGGAAAAGAAGGCAGUGCUUGAGAAAUAUGGAGUUAAAGAAACUCAGCUACCAAGAAUGCUGGUCACUGAUCCUAUUGCAAGACAUUACGGCCUUCAACGUGGGCAAGCUGUGAAGAUCAUACGACCAAGUGAGAAUGCCGGUAGAUAUGUUACAUAUCGUUAUGUUACCUGAUUAGGCCGCCUGGUUUCUUCCUGAUAUAGUGAUAUCUGAUGCUUACUGAAAGUUAAUAGUAUGUAGAUCAGUAGUUUUUGAUUGCUAACUUAGUGGCUGUUAUUUGCAUCAUAAACUGAGUUUGAGUGUUGGAUCUUAUUAUGUAAACAAUGUUAACUGUCUUCUAAUGUCAAUAUUUUCAAUGAAUUUCAAGCAAAGACAAAUAUCAAA